AUGACGACUAGUUGCGCGCUUUCGGCAGUAGAGAGCAGCGGAGAUGUUGACCUUCUGUCAAGUGGUAGACCACGGUCAUCCCGCACUGACCAAAAUGUUGAACAUGUCAAGGCUUCCAGGAAUGUGUCCAAAUGCGGGUAUCUUUUCGUUGCUCCUGAUUGGGAUUUCAAUGUCUCCAUCAACAGAACAAAGAGAUGGCAACGAAGGUGGUUUGUCCUGUACGAUGACGGUGAACUCACCUAUGCCCUGGAUGAGUUCCCUGACACGAUUCCACAAGGAACAAUUGACAUGAACAAAGUUUUAGAUGUAUCCGAUGCUGAGAGUAUUACUGGAAAUGACUUUGCCAUCGCAAUCACUACUCCGGAUAAAGUGCAUUUCAUUAAGGGUACUUCUAAGGAAGAAAGUAAAUGGUGGUUCGACGUGCUAUCGCGAGUGCUACCUCGACAUUUAUCAAGAGGUAAACACAAAAGGAAUGCCACAUUUCCCUGCGGAAAAGCUACGAUUCCAUCUCCGGCAGUCAUUGCACAGGAUUACUGCAGUGAGGACGAUAUAAGGCUCGGCAGUUUUUCGAGGCCGAAAUUUCUCAGCUCUUCAGAAAUUCAUCGUAGUGAUGAGAAGGCUUGGUUCCCAUCGCCGGAUGGAGACCUGGAGGAGGAUGUAUUUCCUGCCGAAGAAGAUAACGUGCAUUUGCAUCUCAAGGACACAAACUCAGAGAACAACAAAGAUGUUGAGAUGCAUAAUGCUCUAAAUCAGUUAAUAUCGCUGUCAGAAUCCAAGAACGGCGAUGAUGAUGGCCAAAGCAACGAUCAUAUGGAAGAUGAUCAUAAAGAUGUUUUAUCUCAAAUGGAAGAAAUUGAGGCUAAAAGAAGGAACAGGAAACGCGAGAAUCGAAUCCAGAGGAGCCAGCGGAGUCGUUUUGAUGGUGUUUCAAAAAUGAUACCGAACAAGAAUCGUUCCGAAAAGUCUGUCUUGACAGAUGCAUCGAAUACAAACUCAAAUUCCAAACCAGCCUCUGUUGCGAAUUCAGAAAAGCUGGAAUAUUUGGAAUCCAUCCAGAGUCCUAGCAGUAAAAGUUCUGUGACUUCCGAACAAGAGCAUACAAAGAUCGAAGAAGCAGAGAGCACGGCGACUGUGGAACCAUUGAAUCGGGAGCGAAAUGUCUGUCCUCCGAGAAAGACGAAUUUGCGAAAGUCGGAAUCAUUGAAAAAUAUCCCAUCUGAAUCUCAGUCUGAAAUGCGAGAUGAAAUGCGUGGUUUGAGAAGGUACCAUUCGUUUAAGAAUCCGUCUCAGCGUAAAGCCUUCAUGACCUCGUCGAGUCUGAAAAAGUCUAAUAAGUCACCUUCUACUACAUCUCGGCCGCAGAGGGAUGGCUCUGGUGCUUCAACGCCUUGGCAAUUUGAGAAGAAUGCCUCUGCAAUAGCUUCUCCAUCUUUAGAAACUUGUGAGCAAUUUACAGUCGAGGGCGUGUUUACAAGAAUAGGCUGGUUAUUUCGACAGACAUUCACCAAAGACUGGUCAAGGCAUUGGUUUGUGCUAAAAGAUUCAUCCCUUACGUACUAUCGAGAUGCCACGGCAGAACAUUCUGGAAUUAUGGACGGAAUUUUUGAUCUUAAUCAAGUUAGCAGCAUUCGAGAGUAUGAAACAGACAGAUAUUUUGCAUUCAGUUUACUGAUGUGGGACGGCAAGAAGCAUGUUCUCGCUGCAGAAACAGAAGAACUCCGUCGAGAGUGGAUCCAAGCAAUACAUUAUGCUUCAAAUCUCUGGAGUUCCGCCUCGAAAGAGGAUUUUAUCAAAACUGAAAUUGUUCUGCCGGACAUAAUUUUCCAUCACGCCGACCGUAACUUCGAAAGGAUAUCCUCACCAUCUAGUCUGUCAUCUCUUCCUCUUUGUGAUGAUAAGCAAAUGGAAAUGUCCUCUUCCAGCGAUGAUCAGUCAGAAUACUUUUCGCUGGUUGAUGAGGAUGAGGAUACCUUGUGUUCGAUGCAACAGGAUGAGGAUGUAGAAGCUGUUUUAGAACUUCCUGAACAUAUGUCAACAGAUGAUAACAGUGCGGCUUUCUCCGGAGAUAUAUCCUCAGAAACUGACUUUGUGAAUCUUUCGAAUGUUUUGAACGUCGAAAACGAAUUAUGUGAGAAGAAAAGUUAUGUAACAGAUGCGGAAAUUAUUGACGAAUUUCGCCAGAAAGGACCAUCUCGGGAGGAGUCAAAAAUUGCCGAUACAAUGGAAUGCCAUUCGUGCAAAAACCUGAAGUCUAAACUAGUCACAGCAAAGGAAGAGAUUCGUAAAUUGAAGGCAGAACUGAAAGAGGCUCAUGCCAUUUUUGACAAUUUAGAAAUUUCUUCUUAUAAAAUGGAACAAGAAAUGAAACUGAAAGAGGAAAGUUAUGAAGCCCAAAUUGCUCUCAUGACUGCUAAAAUUAACGAUCUCACUUCCAAAUUUACAAAUGCUGAAAGAAAUUAUCGCCAGCCAAAGCAAAAAGGAGCUAAAAGUGAAACCAAGCAAGAAAGAAGGAAGAGUUCUUUGAAAAAUAAAGACAUAUUAUCCUUAUCUAAGGAAUAUGAAUCAAAACUGUCGGAAUUGGAAAAGAAAAUAGAGAAUAUCGAAACUUCAUUGCAUAAAGAAUCUUCAGAAACAGAUGAUUCUGAACGGUUAACGUCUGAAGUAAGUCCAGUUAAAUCCGAUAUUCAUGAUGCAUCAGAGUCAUCUUCUCCUUCGAAAAGAACAAAUAAUGAAAGCAGCAAAGGUCUUCUUUCACGAUUGCAGACACUUGGAACGAAGGUUAAAAAUUGUCACGAAUUACUUAUAGAACGAAUAAGAAGUCCAGAGGCCAGUGAUUGUGAGAAAUCCAAAAUUUUUGUUCAGGUUAAGGACACUGAAGAGUCAAGCUCUUUAGAUGACUCUGAUGAUUGGAGGACAAUAUCUUUGAAUAACAGUAUGUCCAGUUUUCCUGAUCUAGGGAAACUUUUUGACGAACUUCCACGAAAUUUCUCUGAGUGCCAAAGUAUUUUCAUACACAAAGUAAAUCAUCUUCUCGAAUGGCUGAAAAAUUCUCUGUAUCAUAUAUGUGCCGAUGAAAAUGCGGACAAUAUUUCUACCAGUGAGAAUGUGUUAUUCAUCGCCGAUGUCCUAAAUUAUUUAUAUCAUGGAUUGUUAGAAAACUCUCAAAGGUCACCGAAUGAAAAAAUACUUUAUGCCAUUUUUCUGUUUUUUGAAGUGAUAAAAGUGUUGGAAAGGAUAGAACGCUUUAAAAGUGUGGACUUCAUUGCUAGAGUUGACGUAACCGAAUGGGCAUUUAAAACAGUAGGCAAAACUUUGUGCGCUGCUUUUUUUGACUUUGAACAAUUUGAAUUGCAAGAUAUAUUAAAUCUAGUGUCCGAAGUUCCACAUAUACGAUAUUUCUAUCCAAUAAUUAAUAAACUGUUUCCAGAGUGCAAAGAAAGUGAAGAAGAUUUAGGCUGUACCGUUGAUCGGUUGAAACAGCUAGAAGUUGAAAGAACUUCUGUAUUAAGUUCACUACAAGAAGCCAAAGAUAUUAGGUUCAAAUCAUUAUGGGAUGUACUGGCUGAUGUUCCCGUCCAGGAUGAUAUUACAGGAAAUAUCACAAUAUCAAAUCCAAUCUUGAAGUACGUAAUAUCUGUCAUUUCUGGCAUUUAUGCUGUAGCUGACCUGCAACUGUCCCGUUUUCGAGAACAGACUUUCUAUGUUCUUAAAGUACAGCACGACAGGGUCCAGACUUGGUGUGUAGAUACUUCUGAAGCUCUGAAGAAAAGUUAUAAUGCAUUCGUAGAAGAGUUGAAAGAAAGAUGUCCUAUGAUAAAUGAAUGUUCCUUCGCGCUUUCAGCGCUUGGUGCUACCGUUCUAAAAGAAAUUACAGCAUUGGUAUCUGAGCUGUCAUUCUUGUCUGUUACAUGUACAGUUCUAGAAACUACUUUGACUUCUUUCUAUAACGACAUUGAAGCGAGAUCGAGUGAUUGCUUGUCAUACGAAAAGUGGAUUUCGGAAUUACAGAAUAAUUUUUGGUUUAAAGCAACCUUUUCGGCGACAGAUGGCUUUUUUGAAUGUUCUCGGUGCACAUAUCUCAACUCAGUUAUAUCUGGUUUGGAUAAGAAUCUUAGUUGGAAAAACUACUUGCAGCGGGAUAAUUGCUGUAAUUUGAAGAAAUGUACCUAUUUAGAACUUGAAAAUGAGAUGUUACAAAAACUCUGUGCUAAAUUUUAUAAAAGUGUUCCUGAAAAUGAGCGUAAGAGUAAUUUAAAGACUGUGAAGUGCACUCAGUGUGAAGAACUGCAAAAGCAAUUCACUGCUGAGCGACAAACCAUAGAGGAAACAUAUCGUAAAGAAAUGGAGCAACUAGAAAGACGUUUACAGGAAGAUGACUUAACUGAGGUUCUCUACUAUAGGUUCUUGACACCAACAGUAGAUAAGUUUUACAAUAGCGAAGUCCAUGAACAAGAAAUGAAAGAAAAGGAAAAUGAGCUUGUAUCUAAAACAACGCAACUGCAGCGAUUGAAAGCAGAGUACGAAGAACAAAUGAAAAACUUAAAGAACCUGUAUGAGCAAAAGCUUCAUUUUGAAUGUGACAGUGUGGACGAAGAAAGCAUACGAAAAAUGUAUAAAACAGAAAUCGAAGAUAUAAAGGAUAUGUUCAAGAAAGGCCUAGUUGCAAUCGAAAAUUACCAUAAUCGCAUCACAUCUGAAAUAGAAAAGCGUCAUAAAGAUGAAAUAGCAUUAUUAGAAGCGGAAAAGCAAAAAGCAUUAGAAACAGAAGCCCAGGCAACGAUGACAGCCUUGGAAGCAAUUAAAAAAUCUUAUUCGCAGCAGCUUCUUGAAGAAACUGCUUCAAUUAAAGAAGCUUUGCUGGACAAAUUUAAGAACGAAGCCCAACAGUGUGAAUCAUUUUACUGUAAAUAUGGCAAUGAGCUCGAAGAGCUGAAAAGGGAAAUUCUUCGCAUCACUGAUUUGUAUUCUGAGAAGUGCUUGGAAAAUAAAACCUUAGAAGAAAAAGUCAAUUCUCUAAGUCAUCAGCUAAAAAAAGCAUACAACCAGUUCCAUGACUUAUUAACCAGCAGUAAAGAUAUAGAUCUCCAUCUUGCUGAGAAUAUAUAAGUUAUUUAAAAAUUAUAGCGUUUUAAAUAGAAGGAUAUUAAUUUUCGUACCUGUGUGUCAAGCUUUACAUGAAUAUACAGAUACCUGACUCAGAAUAGAAUGUACAAAUUAUAUAUUUUUAUCCUGUAAUAAAUAGAUUUAUUUCAGUGUGCA